AUGGCAUCAAUUGCACGAUCACUGCGGCCUGCGGCUUCUCAAUUUUCUGCUAGAUCAUGCAGGAGAGCGGCUUUAUGGCGACCUUCUCCAUUUAACGCUCGAGCUUUUUCCACUUCCCCAGCUGCUCUGCAUAAAAGGUUUACCAAGGAGCACGAAUGGAUUGAGCUCUCUGAGGAUGGAAAGACUGGUGUAAUUGGCAUAUCCUCCUACGCUGCUCACUCGCUCGGUGACGUUGUCUAUGUCGAGCUUCCCACGAUUCCAAUGGAUGUUGCAGCAGGCGAUUCGAUCGGCGCUGUUGAAUCAGUAAAAUCAGCUUCCGAUAUCAACUCUCCGAUUACCUGCACUAUUACAGAGGUCAAUGAUCUGCUAGAAGAGAAGCCAAGUACUAUCAACAAGGGUCCUGAGGAUAGUUCAUCUGCUGGUGGGUGGUUUGCAAAGGUGGAGGUGAGCGAAGUCGGUGUCAAGGAUAUGGAAGCUUUGAUGGAUGCGAAGGCUUACAAAGAGUACACUGAGGAAGAAGGAGAUCAUUGA